GUUGCCCGAACAUCCGCCACUCUAAGUCGUGACUCACGUUUGGAUUUUCGAGAGGCAAAAAAAAGAGAGGAAGGCUCGCUGCCGUCAAGGAUAGGAGCAAGGAUAGGUUAGGAGGGAAUCUGACGUCGAUAAGCAAGGGGAGGUGACGUGGUAAUCCGGUUUCGAGUGUAUGGGAGAUUUCUGAAGGAAAUUCUUAUCGGCAGACUGUAGUGUAGAGCCUGAAAAGGUGUCAGCUGGGGGGGGAGCCUUGCCCUUGCAAUUGCAGUGCAGCUUGGCCGUGUGCAGUGAAGCGGGAAUCCGCCGCAGGUACAACAGUAGGUCCCCCUCUUGCCUAGCCCAGCAGGCAUUGCUUGGCUUCUUUUUGUUUUCCGCGUCACAGUGCCUCGUCACCGGCCUGCAGAACAGCUCUGCAUCUUCAGCCAGACAGUCAGUCGAUCAAGUCAUGGAGAGGCAGAAGGUGUGGGUGCCUCAAGUGGAGGAAGGGUUCAUCCUGGGUCACAUUGUUGACCUUGGGACAGAGGAGGUCACAGUCCAGCCAACAGACAAGCGCUUCAAACCAAUCACAUGUCCCUUUGACCGGGUCUAUCCUGCAGAGGAAGAUGAGGGAAAGGAUGUAGAUGACAAUUGUGGAUUGAUGUACUUGAAUGAGGCCACUCUGCUAUACAAUGUGCGGCUGCGAUAUAAACGAGACCAGAUUUAUACCUAUGUGGCAAACAUCCUGAUAGCAGUGAAUCCCUACACUGAAGUGAAGGGUUUAUAUUCAUCAGCUGCCAUCAAGCAAUAUCAAGGGAAGUCCCUUGGUGUGCUUCCACCCCAUGUCUUUGCAGUUGCCGACAAAUCAUUUCGAGAUAUGAAGGUGUUGAAACAGUCUCAAUCAAUCAUUGUUUCUGGAGAAUCGGGAGCUGGGAAGACAGAAUCUACUAAAUACAUCUUGCGGUACUUGUGUGAGUCAUGGGGUCAUGCUGCUGGUCCCAUUGAAGCAAAAAUCCUUGAUGCAAAUCCUGUAUUGGAAUCUUUUGGUAAUGCAAAGACAACCCGGAACAACAACUCAAGUCGUUUUGGAAAGUUCAUUGAGAUCCACUUCAACCAACAGUGCAGUGUAGUUGGGGGUUACAUUUCUCAUUACCUGCUGGAAAAGUCACGUAUAUGCUCCCAGAGCAAAGAGGAGCGCAAUUAUCAUAUCUUCUAUCAACUCUGUGCUGGAGCACCUGAUUCCCUUCGACAGCAGUUGAGGCUAGCUGGCCCUGAUAAUUUCCAUUACCUGAAGCAAGGGUGCACACAGUACUUCCUUCAGCCAUCGACAGUUAGGACGAUGAAUGUAAACCGGAUCUCACGUGACCAGCAAACCAAAGGACCCCUCAAGGACCCUCUGCUAGAUGAUGCCAAAGACUUCAUUGAAAUGGACAAGGCUCUGCAGACUCUGGGUGUCUCCGAUAGAGAGCGAUUGGCCAUAUACACAAUUGUUGCUGCUGUUCUCCACUUGGGAAAUAUCACAUUUGAAGACAACCCUGAGGAUUCCAGAGGAGGAGGGAGGAUGUCAGAGAGUAGUGGAGCAUCCCUGGCCACAGCAGCUCAGCUCAUGGGGGUGGAGAAAGAGGAUUUGCACCAGGCUCUCCUGUCCCGUGUCAUGCAAACUGCCAAAGGAGGGUACAAGGGCACUGUCAUUUUGGUCCCACUGAAACCAACUGAAGCUGUCAAUGCACGAGAUGCCCUGGCCAAGGCCAUGUACAGCCGACUGUUUGACUACAUAGUGACCCGUAUCAACCAGGCCAUUCCCUUCCAGAGCUCUUCCUAUUACAUUGGUGUCUUGGACAUUGCUGGCUUUGAGUACUUCCCUGUAAACAGCUUUGAGCAGUUCUGCAUCAACUACUGCAAUGAGAAGCUUCAGCAAUUCUUCAACCAGCGGGUAUUAAGGGAUGAGCAGACCCUCUACCAAAAGGAAGGACUCAAUGUCCCACACAUAGACUAUGUCGAUAAUCAGGACUGCAUUGGUGAGCAUUCUGGUGUGCUUUGUGAGAACCUCAUUGUGGUGAUUGAUAACCUACUCCUUUCUUUGGGACUGAUACUCCCCACAGACCUGAUUGAGGCCAAGGGGUCAGGGAUCAUUGAUCUUCUGAAUGAGGAGGCAAAGUUACCCAAGUCAAGCUCGGCCCACUUCACUGCAGCUGUGCACAAGAACCAUGGGGACCACUUCCGACUGGGCCUUCCACGUCGUAGCCGCCUCAAGCAACACCGUGAACUCCGUGACGAUGAAGGCUUCCUUGUGCGUCACUUUGCUGGAGCUGUCUGCUACCAGACAGCCCUGUUCAUUGAGAAGAACAAUGAUGCUUUCCACUCUUCCCUGGAGGCACUUGUGCAGGAAUCCAAAAACCCUCUCCUCAAAAGCCUUUUUGCAUCCUCUGAUCCCAAUGUCAACAAAGGAAAGCUGACAUACAUCUCUGUGGCAUCCAAGUUCCGCUCCCAACUUCAGGAGCUGAUGGGAAAGCUGGAAAGUACAGGAACAAGUUUCAUCCGUUGCAUCAAGCCUAACACCAAGAUGGUGGAUCAUCUCUUUGAUGGUGGGACAAUCCUGUCCCAGCUCCAGUGUGCUGGGAUGGCAAGUGUCCUUGAGCUGAUGCAGCAGGGUUUCCCAUCUCGUGCCCCAUUCCAUGACCUCUAUAACAUGUACCGAGGAUUCCUACCCAAGGAGUUGGCACGACUUGACCCACGCCUCUUUUGCAAGGCUCUCUUCCAUGCCCUUGGCCUCAAUGAUAAUGACUUCAAGUUUGGACUUACCAAGGUGUUCUUUCGACCAGGUAAGUUUGCUGAGUUUGACCAGAUGAUGAAGUCAGACCCAGAGAACCUUGCCAUGCUGAUCCGGCGAGUGAAGCACUGGCUCAUCUGUUCCCGCUGGCGUAAGGCCCAGUGGUGCACUCUCUCUGUUAUUAAACUUCACUAUAAGAUCCUCUGGAGACGAGACCAGCUGGUGAAGAUACAGAAGACUAUGCGCAUGUACCUGGCUAAGAAGAGGCAUCGCCAUCGCUAUCUGGGCAUUAUGAAGGUGAAGGGCUUGAAAGGCCGGCUGAACCAGCUGAGUUCAAUAGCAUCACAGCUGAAAAGUGGGAAGGAUCAGAGCCUGAAAAGUGUGCAAGGCCUGGAGUCCCGUAUGGAUGCUCUCAUCCGGACCAUCAAGGGUAAUGAGCGAUUCACCUGUGCUGAGGUGGAACGUGAGCAUCUACUCCUUGUCUCAGCUGUUGAUUCUGAGCUGGGCACCCUGAAGAAGCGUCUCGAGGAACAGCGGAAUGCUGAGGAGCAGGAGAGGCUCAGGCACAUCCAGGCUGAGAUGGAACGGGAGCGGCUUCAGCGGGAAGAGGAGAAGCGAAGGCAAAAAGAAGAGGAGGAAAAUCGCAAAAAACGUGCUGAAAUGGAGCUAAGACGGAAGGCUGAGGAAGAUAUGAGACGCAAGCAAGAGGAAGUUGAUCGUAAAGCUGCUGAGAAGCUCCAGGUGGAACUGGAGGCAGAGAUGAAGGCAGAUGUUCAGGCCCAGCAACAUUUUGAGCAGGAGAUGCGGGACCAUGAGCUUGCCCUUCGGCUUGCCAGUGAAAUGGGUUCUCAGGUGGAGGACUCCAACCUUCAUCUUAAGCGGUCAGAUCUGGUGAGGAGCCAGAGGGAGAGGGCAGCCAACAAGAAGUAUGACCUCUCAAAAUGGAAGUACAGUGAGCUCCGGGACACCAUCAAUACCUCCUGUGAUCUGGAGCUUCUAGAGGCAUGUCGGGAGGAAUUCCAUCGUCGCCUCAAGGUCUAUCAUGCAUGGAAGAGCAAGAACAAGAAGAGAAGCAUUAUGGAUGAAAACCAGAGGGCUCCUCAGUCUGUCCUUGAUGCUGGUCUGUUUCAAACAUUCUAA